GUGAGUCCAAUGCUUACUAUGGAGACUAACAGCAAUAGAAAUAGUGACAGAUCUCUAAAUGCUUUCUAAAUACCAAACAACGAACAUGGCUGCUAUAAGGAAAAACAAAUCUUCUAUAAUGACCGCUGCCGUAAGCUGCUCCCGCUUACGACAGGUCCAGGCACUGCUAAGGGAUGAUGUCAAUACAGCUCCAGAUGGCAUCCUUUGCUCCCUGGGUAUUGACAGCCGCUACAAUGAAGGCUGCAGUGAGCUGGCCAGCUACCUUUUCUGCGGUUUGUACAAACACAGCCAUUUUGACAUGGAGCAGAUUCCAGAGGAUUUCCCUGAGGAAGUACUGGAUGAUGUGAUCAUCCUCAUUAAGGCAGAGUGUGUGCAUCUGUACUGCAACCCAGUGAAUUAUGGGUACCUGCUUCCCUAUAUAUCUCACUGGAGGAAUUUACAACUUCAUUGUCUGACAGAAACAGAGUACGAGGAUGAAGAAGUUGCAGAGGAGUUUAAGAUCUCCAGUUUUGUGUCCAUGGUUCAAGAUUGCCAUUGGAUUGGAAUCCCCUACAGUUCUCAUGGGCACGUUCAGAGGUUCGACAUGUUUAUGCUAGAGAAAUGGCCCAUCAUUCAGGCAUUUGCCUUGGAAGGAAUUGGAGCUGGAGUGUUUUUCACCAUGAAAUAUAAGCUCACAGAUGUAAGUCAGAGACUCUGGCAAGUCUACAGCAAAUUGGACCCUGUGUCUCUGGACUGCCUUCUCAAUGAGGACCUUCAGUUGUUCGAAAGACAAUGGAGCUGUUUGUUCUCCAGUAUGAAUAUUGAAAGUGCUCUGUCCAUGCAGGAGCUGUCAGAGGCCCAAGUUGCAGAGCCUUUUAGAACAUAUUAUUCACAUGGUCUUAUUUCCAGCAAUAUCACAGACAAGAGUAAAAGCAGGCAGCCAUUUGUCUUGUUUGGAAGUCACUCUACUAAGGAAGAUUUGGAAAGCUACUGUUUUACCUUCCCCUCUGAAGGCCAUCAGGUCCGCAACACUGGGCCCAGCGGGGGUGUUGCCAAACACAUGCUGCUUCAGUGUGUUGCUCCUAAAGGGCCACUAGCCUGUGCUCGAACUUAUUUUUUUGGAAACACGCAUGUCCCAUACUUGGGAAAUAACAACACUCAGCAAAAGAGGACAGAUCUUCAGGUGCUCUCACAUAUUUACUCAGCGGCAAUUCAGUCUGUACUAGCAGGAAUCAAAUGUUUUUCCAUCAACUCUAGUGCAAGCAAGGCAAAGGAUGUAGCAGAUCAAACGUUUCAGCUGGCCUUGGACAACCUAGGGUUGAUUCAGUAUAAGGGUGCUCUCAGGUCCAAAGCUGUGUUCAGCAUACAGGCUGUCAACAACGAGGGAUCAAUCGUUCCCCUCAGUGAUGAGGACAGCCACUUUCUGGUAAAAACAGCGUCCAUGAUGGUGUACGAUAUCCCAGAUCUCCAGUGCGGAGGAAACCUAGGAUCAGUAGUUUUCUCUGAGUCCUUUCUAGAGUCCAGCGUUUACAUUCAGCAGAGAGAUGGCGCUCUUUCUUCUGACAGCUGUUUCACUGUGCUCACCUCCUCAAUUCCUCGCUAUGUCUCCUGGCUGGUAGAUGAAGCUGAAGUGAGAAUGUCUGAACAGGCUCAACAUCUGCUGAAGGCAGAGGAGGGUACGUGUUUGGGCAUUCCUAUUACAGUGAGAGACUCUGCCUACAUGUUCUCUAACAGCCUGCUGUCCACACCCGAGGAAGGGAAGUUGGUAUUUUUCUCGGAGGGACUCUUGUUUGUGCAUCCACAUCAUGGCUCCAUUACUCUGUCUAUGAGUCAUAUCAACACCAUUAAACUCUAUGAUGGGGCCUCUCUGUCUGAUAUUUCAAUGCUGUUCAUAGAGUAUCAGACUUCUCUGCUUCCACACCUUCCGUUCCCAUUACACAGCAGUGAUUUCUCCCUGGCCGUCGCUCUGCUUCCCAGAACCAAGAGCUACAAAAGCUUUUAUUCACAGGUCCUGCCAGCUUGGCGUAAGUCAGAGACUGGUCUGCGAGUGCAGCACGUCCUCAAUGAUCAGCUGAGCCCUGAGCACAAAAGCAUGUACUUCAGACUGUUGAAGCUUCAUGAGACACAUGCAGUACCGGCGAACCACAGAGCUGUUCUGAGGACUGCUUAUCCACAACUGCCAGAGCAGGAAAGGUUCCUGCAGCAUUUUGCAAUCAGCAGUAGUGUGGAUGAAGAGUCUGUCUGUAGCGACCAUUUGUCUACUGUGUUUUCAGACACAAUACCUGAGAGCACUAAACCUGAACCCAAGAAUAAGGUGGUCCUCACUCUCAUUGCAGGUCUACCAGGCAGUCAUAAGGAGAAUCUGUGUGAUUUCCUGAUGGAAGUGAAUCAGAACAGCUCCAGGUGGGAGGUGUUUUGCCCUGCUCUGGAAGGCUCAGGGGAAUUUAGCGCAUCACACCUCCAGCGGUUCCUGAGCAGCCUUCUGGCCAAACAGAGAGAGACAGAUAUAAACUCAUUCAGAGUUGUCCUGCUUAUACCAGGGUAUACUGAUAUAAUGGAUGUUAUCCAGGCAAUCACGGCUCAUCCAGACCCACAAGUUCACAGCCAAGUGACAGUGGGUGCAGUCUCAGCUUGUGUCAACCCACUCACAUCCUUCAUAAAACACAGGCUUCUUUUCCCCAAACUCCUGGAGCAGUGCAGUCAGGGUAUAGUCAGCAAUGUUGUCUUCACGGGUUUGACUAUGGACCAGAAGCACCCACUAUUACAACACAUGCAGCAACUGAUCCGUGCAGCCAAUCCCAGCACUGCAUUCAUCUCUGCAGAGAAAGGGGCUGUUAGAAGGACUGAAGAUUUAAGGCUUAUUCUGAAUGACAGCAGUUUCUCACAGCCUCAUAUGGUCAAUGCACGAUACCUGCUGUAUCCUGGCUGGUGGGAGGGCAGGUUUGUGUCUGGAAGUGGAUCUUUGUCUAUGUCUCAGCAUCGUGUUGAGUUCAGUCGUCCAUUAGAGAGAGCAUUAUUUUUGCAGCGCUGCAAAGCUCUGAAAUCCUCCCUCAAACCCAGUCCUUUCACAGGAAACAUCUAUCACAUCAGUGGGAAAGUGCUGUUUUCUGACAAUGACAGACAGAUGGUGGUAAACUGUAACUCUAUCAGUGGGAAUGUGACAGUUGCCCCCGAUCAGGGUACUCACCAUGGCCUAUGGACAACAAACAACUGUUAUCUAAUGUUUCAUGGAGUUGGGCUUACCCAGGAGGGGUUGAAAGACUGGCUUCGGCAUUGUGCCAAACAGAAAAUUGUAAAGAAAAUCAAGAAGAAUGAGAGGACGCUCACCACAGAGGAGAUUAAAUACAUCCAUCUAAAAAGGCACCUGGAUCCUCUCCCUCCUGGCUACUUCUACAAUGGCCACCACUUUGUCAGCUUCUUUGGGGAGAAGCAAAACUUCCAUCCUUUGAUGGAUCGAUUCAUUGAUGAAUACGUGCAGGACGCCAAUAAGGAGAUUGAGCGCUUCAACAGAGAGGUGGACCUGCAGCCACACGCUGACCUCUUCGACCUUAAUCCCCUCAUCUGACAAAUUCACUUUCCGGGGGGGGGGGGG